AUGCCUAACAAAAAUGAAAGUACUGCUGUUACUUUUUCUGAUACAGCAGCUACACCACGUAAAUUGCAAAUUGAUGAUUCUGUAUAUAAUGUGACUAAUAAUGUGACAAGAACUGAUCUUUUGCAAGAGUUAAAUGAAGUAUUUGAACUUGCAUAUAAAGACUUCAACUUGUUUAGCAAUGCACGAAGAUUGUUUGAAAAACAAUUUACAAGUGAUAGCAGUUCAGGCACAAUGGUAUCGAGACGCACAAGAAAGGAGGCGAAAUCACGGUCGAUAAGUUCGACUACCCUUUCUGAAGUCUUGUUUCAAGAGGCAAAAAAGAAACGGGCUGCACGAAAUAAGGGAAUCCACAAGAAAUAUCGUCUAUCGCCCGCAUUAGCCAAAUUAAUAGGCAGUGACGAACCCGAAACACGUUACAAUGUGGUCAAGUUGAUCUGGAUCCAGAUCAAAGAAAGGAGACUUCAAGAUCCUGAAGAUCCUACCUACAUCGAUUGUGACGAGGAGUUCGAAAACAUAACCGGGAUGUUCAGCACCAUGUUGUCAAGGAGGCAUACGAGAAUGGAGGCAAAAUCAAGAACUAACAGUUCGACUACCCUGUCAGAAGUAUCGAUUUAUGAAACAAAAAAAAAACGUGUUGCUAGAAAUUCUGGGAUUCAUAAGAGGUAUAGACUAUCCCCCGAAUUAGCCAAAUUAAUUGGUAGUAAUGAACCCGAGACACGGUACAACGUAGUCAAAUUAAUAUGGAUUCAAAUCAAGGAAAGAAAACUCCAGGAUCCGGAAGACCCUGCCUACAUCGACUGUGACGAAGAAUUUGAGAGCGUGACCGGGAUGGUGCGCCUCAAAGGCUUCACCAUCAUGAACAGUUCAGGCACAAUGGUAUCGAGACGCACAAGAAAGGAGGUGAAAUCACAGUCGAGAAGUUCUACUACCCUGUCGGAAGUAUUGUUUAUUGAGGCAAAAAAAAAACGGGCUGCACGGAAUAAGGGAAUCCACAAGAAAUAUCGUCUAUCGCCCGCAUUAGCCAAAUUAAUAGGCAGUGACGAACCCGAAACACGUUACAAUGUGGUCAAGUUGAUCUGGAUCCAGAUCAAGGAGAGGAGACUUCAAGAUCCUGAAGAUCCUACCUACAUCGAUUGUGACGAGGAGUUCGAAAACGUAACCGGGAUGGUGCGCCUGAAAGGAUUUACGAUAAUCAAGCACCUCAACUCGCACUUUUUAUCAUAA